ACAGACCCGACAGACGGGACCUCCGCCAUGGACCUGGUCAUCACUCAGGAGCUGGCUCGCGCCGACAGCCAGGAGGACGCCGCCGCCCUGCAGAGAGCCUACCGGCUCAUCAAGUCGGCCGACCUGGGCAAGUCGGAGCUCGACCCCACCGAGAGCUUCAGCCCCGACCUCUUCGUGCUGUGUGCGGAGCAGGCCCUGAAGAUGGGGCAGCCGCAGGUGAGCGAGGACUGCCUGCAGAUGUACUUCAAGGCCAAGGGGCCGGUCACCCAGUUCCGGGGCCGCGCGCACCUGUGCAGGGCCCAGCUGUGUGCCCCCACGUCCACGGACAGGCUGGAGGAGUUUGAGAACUGUGUCACCCAGUACAUGAAGGCCAUCAACUUUGCCAAGGGGGAGCCCAGGUACCACUUCCUGGUGUACAACGCCUCAGUGCUGUACUGGCAGAUGGUGCGGCCCUUCCUCAAGCCGGGCUACCACCACCACCUGAUCCCCAGCCUGGCACAGAUGGUGGCCGUGCUCAACUUCACGGAAGACGAGGCCGUGGACUGGCGGGCCGAGCUGACGCUGGAGCUGCUCACGUGCUACCUGGAGGCGGGGAGGAGCGACGAGGCCGGCAGGCUGUGCGCCACGGCCGCCCCGUUCAUCAAGGCCCAGGUGCCCCACAAGUACCUGCAGAUGUUUGCCGUCAUGGUGCGGCAUGAGCUCCUGAGCGAGGCCCAGCUGUGGGAGGAGAGGAAGCAGUCCACUGGCCUGCUGGUCACCUUCCGGAUGAACCGCCUCAAAGUGGAGCUGGAGCAGAAGGAGCUGUCGGAGGGCGUGAGCGAGUCCCUGGAGAAGACCUACCAGCACCUGCGUCUGUACGACCACCAGAGUGUCCCCUCCGCGUGUGAGGAGAAGAUCCUGCUGCUGUUUGAGCUGGCUCGACUUUCUCUGACCUUGAAGUGCGGGGCGGUCGCUGCUGACUGCCUGGCUGACUUGAAGGAGAUGGAAGGCAAGGACCCCGGGAAGCUGCUGGAGGAGGACUGCCUGCAGUGUGAACUGGAGGCCCUCAGCUUGGAGCACCGGGUACAGGGCUUCCUGCGGUCGGCCGUGGAGGCCCAGCUGAGCAUCAUCCAGAGGCUGGACCUGACCUUGCAGCGGGCAGUGCGGCUGGGCGACCCCCGCGUCAUCCACGUGGUGUGCGCCACGCAGUGGAACCUGUGUCUGCCGCUGCUGCAGUUCAGCCUGCGCAGUCGCCUGCGUCGGUCCCUCGCGGCCAUCGCCCAGAUCCUGGAGAAGAUGGACAGCCUCAUGGUGCUGCUGCGCUGCCAAGUGCACAUGGAGCUGGCAUGCCUGGAGGAGGACGAGGACCGGCUGGAGCCGGCCAUGGAGCACCUGCAGAAGGCCCUGCGGCUGGACAGCCAGCACCGCUACCAGGAGAAGCUGCACAUGGACCUCAACCGCCUGCAGCUGUGCACCGUGCUCUACCAGUCGCCCGAGCGGGCCGAGGACCGCGCCACCCUGGCCAUCGAGCAGGCCAAGAAGGCCAUCGCCAAAGACAGCGUGAGGAAGAAGCGGGCCCUGCUGGUGAACGCGGGCCUGGCCCUGGCCCCCGACACCUUCCAGAUCGUGCUGGACGGCGAGAAUGAGGCCAAAGUGUCCAUCGGGAAGCACCGCAGCCGCUUCACCCACCUGUACGCCAAGGCUCGGCAUCACUCAGUCUGUGUGGACAAGGCCUCCGGCCACCUGCGCCGUCUGGGCAACAAGAAUGACCGGGAGAGGAUUCAGAUCUGGGCAGAGCUGGCCAAGGUGGCCCGGAAGCAGCAUGUGUGGGAUGUGUGCAGGACGGCGUGCCGCUUCUGCUUGCUGUAUGACAAUGCCAAGGUGAAGAAGGCCGUGAGGGCCAAGAAAGGGAAGCGGCGGAGACCGGAGGGCUCCACGCAGGACACCUGGGGGCCACCAGAGGUCACCCUGCCCGAGCCGCUGUCCUCCAGCCUCAAGCGCAAGUUUGCGGAGGUGGGCUUCAUCCAGGCCGAGGCCACUGUGCAGCUGCUGCGGUCAGAAGGGGUGGAGCUGAACGACCAGCCCACACCCCCCGAGGACCUGAGUCAGCACUCAGCUGGAUACACUGUGGAGCCUGCGGAGGACAACGCAGAGUGGCUGCAGUACAAGGCCUGGAUCGAGAGCCUGUCGCAGCUGGCCAUGAACAGCUGGCUGCGUGCGGCGGAUAUCGGGCGGGAGCUGCGGGAGGACUGGAUCGUACAGAACGCCGUGGUCUACCUGCUCAACCACAACCACCACCUGGUCUGUGAACGGCGCCACCGAGAGCUCGUGGAUGCCCUCUACCACUUGCUGGGCGUCAUGCGUGCCAUGGGUCACAGCGGAGACCCGGUGGUCUUGGUGACUCUCUGCAACAUGCUGGCUCAGGGGCUGCUCAUCAACUGGGUCCCAGCCCCAGCACCCGAGAGGGCCCGGAAAGCAGGGCGGCCCAACCAGUCCCACGCCCCACUGGAUGCCGAGGCAGCCGCCGAGGUGCGGACCGCAGUGGAGGUGUGUGAGUUUGCCCUGAACCAGACCAAUGGGACACUGGCCGAGGACGUGGUGCCCACACAGACCCGCCAACAGCUGGUCGCCACCUGGGUGAAGGCCAAGCAGCUCCUGCAGCAGCAGAUCUGGCCGAGGCUGGGCACAGAGGAGCAGGGCAUCAGUGAGGACAUCAGUGCGGUGACCAGGGUGCUCAUGGCCCUGGAGAUGUACUCCUGCAAUGGGUUGGGCCUCAUGGACUUCACUGUGCCACCCCUAAGCCAGGUGGCGGCUAUGGCCUCUGAGUGCAGCUGGCCGGAUCGGGUGGUGGAGAUACAGGCGCUGGCGCGAUUGGCCCACUUUGCCUAUGCCGCCCACGACCACGAGCUCACCAUAGAGUGCUCGCAGAAGGCCAUCCAGAUGGGUGUGCGCUGCCUCAAGACCUUCUGCCCGUCCGAUGUCCUGCAGGUGGCUGAACUGCUCAGCAUCACAGCCUGCACCCAGGGCCGGAGCAUCAUGGAGAACCUCAAGGGGCGGAAGCAGAUGCGGCUGGCAGCGGCCCGGGCCUUUCUGGAGGGUGUGCGCUUCGGCGGUAUCGCGGGGAGCAGCCCCCUGGUGAUGCAGGGAGCGCGCCUGUACUGGAAUAGCGUCCUGCCCGUGCUGUCCUCGGCCGUCGGCCGCAAGGCCUCCCGCAUUGCGGUGCAACGCAUCCUGGCCACCAUCAACCACACCGAGGCCCGCAAGCAGAGCAAGGAGAAGUGGCUGCUGCUGCACCAGUGGCCCACAGCAGACUUCCAGAGUGCAGACAGCACUGAGGGCUUCUUCCUCCCAGGUGCGGAGGAUGACCUGACCCUGCGAGCCGCGCUCUACGGGCUGCUCUUCCAUACCCAUGCUGAUUGUGAGGACUGGGAGGGCGGCCUCCGCGUGCUGGGGGAGGCCGUGCAGGUGCUGCCCCGCACCAAGCAUCGCCUCCUGGUGUUCAAGCACAUGGUCAUCGUGAAGGCCAAGCUGGGCCAGAGCUUCCUGAUGGAGAUCCAGAAGUUCAAGGACGAGAGUGAGGAUUACGUGGCCCACAUGUGGCACCGACUGGCCCUCAACUCCAAGAGCGUCUCUGGGGAGCUGUCCUGCUACCACAGUGCCAUCCAGGCCCUGCAGAAGCCUGAGAGUGAGUGGCAGAAGGUGGACUACAUUGUGGAGUUCAGUGAGUGGCUGUACCACCGCCAGUUCCCCAUGGAGGACGUGGUCUUCCACCUCGAGUGGGCCCUGGACAUUCUGCUGGCUAUGCAGCCGGCUGGGCAGGCCCCAGAGGCAGAUGAAGAGUCCCUGCUGGGUGAGGCCACCCCCGAGAGCCCGGCACCCUGGGACAGGCUGCGCAGUGUGAGGCAGCUGGACACGCUGGCCCGCAUCUUCACGCUGCUGGCCCUGAUGACCACACGCCGCUGUGUCCACUAUGAGGACCGCUGCCUCCUGGCCUUUGCCUGCCUGCACCGCAUCUGGCAGGUGUCUCUGGCAACGGUGGGCAGAUCCCUCACGGAGAGUAAGGGCUUAACAUCUGGCAGCUCCAACACCCUGCUGCCCAAGAAGGAGAAGGAGAAGGAGGAGCUGGAGCGGGGCCAGGACAAGGAGGACAGCAGGGAGAAGAAGAAGGACAAGGAGGACAGCAGGGAGAAGAAGAAGGACAAGGAGGACAGCAGGGAGAAGAAGAAGGACAAGGAGGAGCGGGACCGGAGCAGAGACCCCAAGCAGGCCACGUCCCCCAUCCAGGGCAGGCGGCCUGAGGACCUGCCCACCGGCGUGGAGGAGUGGGCUUCCUACUCCUGCCCCGAGCAAGUGCUGGCCCUGUUCUCCCAGGACCGAAGCGACUCCACCAUCAACUCCACAAGCCUGCAGAAGCCAACGCACACCUUGUACUACCUGGACCGGCUGGUCCUGGCGCUGCAGGACCUGUCUCUGCAUGAGCUCUCACUGCCCCUGCUGCAGCUGGGCAUGGCUAUCAGUCGCUCAGUGCUGGACAGCGAGAGCCUCGCACACCUCUACCACCUCCGACUCGCCCUGGUGUGCUCGGAGCUGAGGCUGCAGGAGGUGGCCACCUACCAUGAAGAAAAGGUCGGCCAGGUGUUCAUCUGUGAUGGAGAGCAGGCCAGCUUCCGGAAGGAGCUUGCUGCGAGGAAGGAGAGGAACCGGGAGCCACUGCCGGACGACGGGUUGCCUGUGACCCCUGAGCCGCUGGCCGCAGACCCACAGGCCGAGGCCAAGCCCCUGGUGGCCAAGGACAAGCUCCUCCAGGUGAAUGGGGAGUCGGGGCGUGGCCUGGCGGGCACCUCGCUGCCCCAGCUAUGGCUGCUCAAGGCCGAGGUGCUGCUGCAGAUGGACCUGUGCCAGCCUGCCCGACUGCUGCUGUCCGAGGCUUCUCGAGGCUUCCAGGAGCUGGGGGACCCCUGUGCACAGGCCACCUGCUUGGGCCUCCUGGCGGAGCUGGCCCACAAGGAACACCACUUUGGGCAGGCCGCCAAGAUGGUGGAGGCGGCGCAGCGGCUGGGCGGCAGUGAGGAGUUCUGGUACCGCACCACGCUGACACUGGCUGACACGCUGCUAUCCUCGGGCCAGGAAGGGGCAGAGAAGACGGUUCUUCAGAUGUUCCAGAAGCUCAUGGAGACCUUCAACGUCCUCAAGAAAGAGAGGCCCAACCGGACGCCUGUGCUGGACUUCAUGACUACGGACCUGGAGGCCAGGUGUGGGCGUCUGCGGCUGCAGGCACUGCAGGAGCUGGGAGUGUGCCCACUGCCGCUGCUGACCCAGCUGGACGCCAAUCUACGGGAUACAGAGAGCAAGUUCCUGGCCUGCGGCCGCAGGGAACAGGCUGCGGAAAUGACGCUGCAGAGGGCCAGGGUCAAGAGGCUGUGCGUCUGCAGCGAGAUGGAGGAGGCGCAGAAGGUAGCCUGCUACCUGGAGGCCCACGACCUGGCGCUGGCCGCUGUGACCGUCGAGGAAGAUAUCUUCCACAGAGUCCAGGGCCUGCUGUCCCUGCAGGAUAUGCAGGGCGUGAGCACGCCGCUGGCCCGCAAGCUGGGGCACCUGAAGGUCUGUCUGAUGGAGGUGUGCCUGGGGCUGCUGCAAGUGGUGUGCAGGGAGGACACUCAGCAGGAGCAGCGGGGCUCUGCACACAGGCUGCUGACCCAGUACCUGCAGAGCCUGUGCGAGCACUCUUCCCAGGGCCUGAGAUGGCUCACCCUGAAGCGGACCCUGGCACACACGGUGCUGGAACAGCUGGUCAGCCUGCAGCCGCUCUGCACCCAAUGUCCCCAGCUGCGCGCCCAGCUCCUCGGCCUGGCAGGCAAGGCCCUGCACCUCCUGGCUCUGCGCACUGACCCCCUGCACGGCGCCUUCCGCUGGGAUGAGGGGCUGCAGACCGGCGCCCAGCUGAACCUCCUGAAAAGCUUGCAGACCAUCUCGGAUAACCUGGAGGACAAGAAGCAAGGGGAUGACUGGUCCCCCACCUUCAGGGCACCCUCCGAGGAUCUCAGCCGAAAAGCAGGGGAGCUGAAGAGGAGGACGGUGCUGGCGCGACGCUUCCUGGCCCAGGUGUCUGAACUCCUGCUGCAGAGCCUGCAGGUGGCUCUAGCCCAUGGGCUACUGGAAGUGGCGGCUGCCAGCAGCCUGGAGAUGGUGGAGUGCAGCGGGGCCCUGGACCCACCCACCACCUGUCUGUUCCUGGCGCUGGCACAGAGCUGUGCCGCCUCUGGCUCCAUGCGGUCCGUCCUGCUCUCGGCCACGGCCAUCACGAGCAGCUCGCAGACGGCCGCCCUGCUGCAACUGGAGCAGCGGCUCCGGGCCCAGGGCUACGUGGCCAGCAGCCUCUUCACCUCUGUGCAGCAGCAGCUGGCUGCCACCUCCAAGGCCUGGCAGAACCUCCGGGUGACAGAGCAGCACUUCCACCUCCUGGGUGACAUCCCCCCACAGCUCCGGCUCCUGAUUCUGUGCCACUCCCCUGACAGGGCCCAUCUCUAUGGCGCCACCUACGAGAGGCCCCAGCUCGUGCCCGCAGCCAAGGGGAAGCCGGUCCCCACAGGAGCAGACCUCUGCAAAGUGGCGCACGUGGCCGUGGACCCAGAGAGCUUCUCCAGCCUGCUGUCCCAAGUCCAGCAGUUCUGGGACCAGACCCAGGCUGAGGUGUACAAGGAGGACAAGGCCCUUGGCUUAGGCCUGGAGUAUGUGCGCGCGUCCCCGCAGAUGGAGGGCAGCGGGAGGCAGAGGCUGGAGGCCGUGCUCAAGGCCACGCAGAGCUACCUGGAGCCCCUGCUACUGCAGCUUGCCUGUCACGGCGCCAGGAAGCAGCCCCCUGUGGCAGUGGUGGCCGAUCCCAGCAGGCUCAAGGGCAAAUCAGGCGAGCGGAAGCUAUCCUCUGGCCAGGACCUGCCUGAACAGGCAGACAGCUUGGUGGUGCUGGCAGACCAGGCACUGCUGCAGCUGCCCCUGGAAGGCCUGGCCAUGUUCACUGAGGGCUCCCUGGCCUCCGUGUCCCGUGACUUCUCCCUGCAGAUGCUCUGGAACCGGUUUCCCAGAGAAGAUGCAGAUGGGGGCUCGAGAAAGGACAACCGGAACAAGGACAGCAAAAAGAAAGCCGCCAUGAAGAAGGGACACAAGAGCGUGGUGACCCGGACGCUGCCGCCCGACUGCCUGGUUGUGGACGUGGAUGAGGUCAAGUACAUUGUGGACCCCUAUGAGGAGGCCCAGGGCCAGGAGACACUGACUCCGGUCUCUGUGACCCGGGACAUUCUGGACAAGUUCCGAGACUCCUUCACUUCCAGCUGGGUUGGUCACCUGGGCAGCAAGCACUUUCCAAGCCACGCCGAGUGGGAGCAACUGCUGGGCAGCUGUCAGGCCUUCUUCUUCUAUGGGAUGGAGCGCUUCCUGUCCCACCUGCUGGUGGAGAGGGUGGCUGUCAUGAACCUGCAAGACUGCCAGCUGCUGGUGCUCCUGGACCUCACCCGCUCCUACAAGAGCCUGUGGAGGCAGACGGAGAAGUCAGAGGGCAAGAGUGCCCCCCAGCUGUCUCUGGAGAGGCCUCUGGAAACCGCCAUCCUCCUGAGUCUGGCUGGCGUCCGCACCAUCCUGGCCAACCAGUGGCCCACCCUCCUGCAGGACAACGCAGCGCGGGCAGGGGAGCUGUGGGAACAGCUGCUGACCAAUGGCGAGCCUGUGGGGAGAGCUGUGCGGCUCCUGCAGCAGCCAGGCGCCAGGGACCAGGGGAAGCAAGACGGGUCCCAGAGGGCCAGCGUAUCCUUCCCCGUGGAGAACCAGGACUCCGACGGCCUGGCCGCGAGCCUCAACCUGGUGCUGUACGGACACCCCCGGCAGGUCCUCGGCUGAAGGCCCACAGAGCCCAGGACCUGAGGGCACCCUGCCUCU